GGGGGGCGGGGCUGCCGCCGCCUGGGCUCUUCCAACGAUCAUGCACCGCCCCCGCCGCGCCCCGUGCCCGCCCUUGCUACCAGGCACCUCCCGCCCCCUGCAUUGCUGAUGCUGCUGCUGGCAGACAUGGACGUGGUGAAUCAGCUGGUGGCUGGGGGUCAGUUCCGGGUGGUCAAGGAGCCCCUUGGCUUCGUGAAGGUGCUACAGUGGGUCUUUGCCAUCUUCGCCUUUGCCACAUGCGGCAGCUACAACGGGGAGCUCCGGCUGAGUGUGGAGUGUGCCAACAAGACGGAGAGUGCCCUCAACAUCGAGGUCGAAUUCGAGUACCCCUUCAGGCUGCACCAAGUGUACUUUGAUGCACCCACCUGCCGAGGGGGCACCACCAAGGUCUUUCUAGUUGGUGAUUACUCCUCAUCAGCUGAAUUUUUUGUCACCGUGGCUGUGUUUGCCUUCCUCUACUCCAUGGGGGCCCUGGCCACCUACAUCUUCCUGCAGAACAAAUACCGAGAGAACAACAAAGGGCCCAUGCUGGACUUUCUGGCCACGGCAGUGUUCGCCUUCAUGUGGCUGGUUAGCUCAUCUGCCUGGGCCAAGGGCCUGUCCGAUGUGAAGAUGGCCACAGACCCAGAGAACAUUAUCAAGCAGAUGGGUAUGUGCCGCCAGACAGGGAACAUAUGCAAGGAACUGAGGGACCCUGUGACCUCAGGCCUCAACACCUCUGUGGUGUUCGGCUUCCUGAAUCUGGUGCUCUGGGUUGGCAACCUGUGGUUCGUGUUCAAGGAGACAGGCUGGGCUGCACCUUUCAUGCGCGCUCCUCCUGGUGUCCCCGAGAAGCAACCAGCACCUGGGGAUACCUACGGCGAUGCAGGCUAUGGUCAGGGCCCUGGAGGGUAUGGGCCCCAGGACUCCUACGGGCCUCAGGGUGGCUACCAACCCGAUUACGGGCAGCCAGCCAGCAGUGGUGGUGGUGGCUACGGGCCUCAGGGCGACUAUGGGCAGCAAGGCUACGGCCCGCAAGGAGCGCCCACUUCCUUCUCCAAUCAAAUGUAAUCUGGUCAGUGCAGCCCAGGAGGACCCCAUGGGUGGGCAAGAACUCAAGAAAAGGCCUACCCCCCUUCCUAUCCCUAUGCCCUAGGUCUCCACCCCCUCAACCCAGGAGACCCUGUCUUUGCUGU